AUGGCGUUUCGACCGAGUCAUUAUCAGAUAGAUGAAGAGGAACCACCGCCCCCUUAUUCAGAGACUGAUUUCCUAGACGACUAUUAUUUUGAGGAGCCGGCACCCGUGAGGCCUCCGCUGCCUCCAAGAUGUGAUUCUCAGACGCCGCCGAUUCAAUCGGGUUCAAGUCAAUUCAAAGUCCCGCGAAAGCCUUUAAGGUCGUAUAAGAGUUCUCCGGAAGUGAAUCUUUGGGCGCAAAAUCAUGGCCAUCGAGACGGACGGCCCAAUGAGAGGAUGGGUCAGGAAUGGCCCAUUCACAAUGGUCGACAAAUGGCACCCAUUCACAGCAGUCGGGAGUAUCAGAGACAAGGAUACAAUAAUGCGAUGAUUGUUCCUCCAUUGCCUCCUCGACCUAAAAUUUAUAGAAAGGAAGUUGUACAGGUUCGGACUCGAGAAAUACAACAACAUUCGCAGUUUCAAAACCAGCCGUCGGACGACAUGUUUCGACGCAACACGGAGAAGUUGGGGAUGGAAGAGCAGGUUUACGAGAAUGUUGACGCUUCGGCUGAAACUCUUGUUCUAAGUCCUACCGCCUCUAGCACCAGUGUUGUUAGCAGUUUCAGCAAAUUAUCAGUCAAAACUCUAGUCAACAGAGCUCAGACUUUACCUAUUACCGCCGGCACUGAUGGCAGCUCACCCGGAACCCCCAAUACAAAAGAAGUCAAUUUCGCAUCCAGAGCAUUCAAACAAACCGCUGACCGCAUUGACAACUUUGUCCCGCACCCAGUAGAAAGCAACAAGCAUUUCAGCGUCAUCCAACAUUCAUCCGGCAUUGUCAGGUACAACGGCACUAAAACCGAACUUGCCAUUAGUAUCUUCGCAGCUAAACCUUUGCCCGAAAACCGAACUAUCUGGUUGCAAAUGAGAGGUUGGAGCGGGGAAGCCGGCAUGAAAGCUAAAGCUUUCUUUGGUAGUAAUGGGAAUUGGCUCGAGGUGACGCCGAACUUACGUCUUGAAGCUUCCUCGUUGUCUCCCCAGAAGGAAGACAAAUAUCAAAAGAGCAUCGCCAAAUUCAGGAAACGCUCUUUGGGUAAAGAGAGACAAAAGCAUAUCCUUAGAGAGACGGCAAUUAUCCGUAUUCCAGCAGUGGUUGAAGAUGGUUACUACCAAUUCGUCAUCUGCGCCGGCGAGAAGAAGAAAGUGUUGUGCACCAGUCCCACAUUUCGAUUUUUCUCUCUGUCCAUGAACGCUCACUGCCUGAGGGGAGCAAGUCUAUUAUCGAUGCCCCUCGAGGUCGGCACGAUGGCAGUUCAAACGAGUAUUAAAACUGCGGCUGGAACUGCCUAUGCAGCCAUCGCAGUUACCGAGAAACUCCAAAAGGUCACCACAAAUAAGAAAGUGAAGGCUGUCAUGAGCUCUGUGACGAAGAUGGCUGAAUCUCGAGCUGCUAAAACUUCCUUGGCGGUUAUGGAAAAGGGGGCUGCGAUGGCGGCGGAGGCGGCGGGUGAUACUACUGCCAUGGUACUUGGCGAGUCGGUCAUCGUCGUUGGAGGCGUCGAAAUUUCACUCCAAAACGGUCCAGGAAAACUCUACCCCAUCCACCUCACAGCACGAACCCAAACACCAUACAUCCUCCAACCAGAAGAAUAUCCCGACCCGCAAUUCGCCAUGACCCUCUCCGACGUCUCCAACUUCGCUCCCAACAUCAUCGGCUCAUACUUCGGAUGGGCACGCUUCUCACCCCCCAAAAAGUCCGAAGAGAGCGUAGAUUCAACCUGGCAAUCCAUAAUCCUCCAUGCCCUCCCCCCCACAUCCGCACAACUCCAACGCGCAACCAUCUCCUCCGCAAACAAGCUAUUCUUUUCCCUCCAACUCCUCUCCGAAAUCGACACUUCCAUCCCCCCACUCUCCUCUGUCGAAAUAGAACUCAUGGGCUACCUUCGCGCCCCUCCCCCCGUAUCCUACGGUGCUGCACCCAUCCCAAUCCCCGGCGCCAUUCCCGAGCUCAACUACGUCGAUUUCGACGACCGCGCCAUGGCGAUGAUGGUGCUCGAUGAAAUGGCGUGGAGUCCCGAGGCAGCGGCUGCGCUACGACGGGGUGAGAAACUGCAGGGCUUUGCGAAGUUUGUGGGUGGUGUUUCUGAUGUGAAGGGUGUGGCGUUGGGACAGUUGGGGAAGGUUAGUCUUUCGAGUGUGGGGAUUAGAAGUCCCGGGGAUGAGGAGAAGGAGAAGGGGAUGUUUGUUAGUGGGUUUUUUGUUGUGCGGUAG